UUAUAUUCUAUCACCUUCUAAAAGUUAAUCCCUGCCCAAUAUGCCGCCGUUUUGCCCUCAGCGAAACAUCCGACGUGGUCACCUGCUUGCUCCUCCCCGCAUAUAGAAAUCCCAGCAUUUCCAUUUUCCGAAUCUCGCAGGUUCUCAGCCACCUCAUCACAAACAAUUACCCUCAGCGCCAAACCGGUCACUCGGAUUUUCUCUCCGGUCACAAAAUGGAUCCGUUUCUUACAAUUACGGCUGUUUCGGUUCUGCUCGGCGCUUUAAUCGCGGUCGCCUUCUUUGGGAGCUACUUGAGCAAGCGACGAUCGGAGGUCCAGUCCAUCGCAAAAGCGGAGCCCCAAUCGGAUCCGAAGAAGCACCCGAGGCCUCCUCAGCCCAAGAAGUCUCACUCCAAAGCUCACUCCCAUUCCGCCGCUGAUAAGGAUCAAAACAAACGGCAUCAUCCAUUGGAUUUGAACACUCUGAAGGGUCAUGGUGACUCAGUCACUGGGAUAUGUUUUUCCUCUGAUGGGCAGAGUUUGGCAACAGCUUGUGCUGACGGAGUGGUCAGGGUGUUCAAGUUGGAUGAGGCUUCAAGUAAGAGUUUCAAGUUUCUGAGAAUUAAUUUGCCUGCAGGAGGCCAUCCAACAGCAGUUGCAUUCUCUAAUGGUGCAUCUUCUAUAGUCGUGGCUUCUCAGAUGCUUGCCGGUUCCUCUUUGUACAUGUAUGGAGAGGUAAAGGCCAAAGCUUCUGAUGAAACUAAACAACAAGCCAAGCUUCCUCUCCCAGAACUUAAAUGGGAACAUCACAAAGUCCAUGAGAAAAGAGCUAUUCUGACCCUCGUUGGAACUACUGCAAGUUAUGGAAGUGCUGAUGGGAGUACAAUUCUUGCCUCUUGUUCAGAAGGAACUGAUAUUAUCCUUUGGCAUGGAAGAACUGGGAAGAUUUUGGGAAAUGUUGACACAAAUCAGUUGAAAAAUACCAUGGCUGCCAUAUCACCAAACGGGCGUUUUAUUGCUGCCGCAGCUUUUACUGCAGAUGUGAAGAUCUGGGAAAUUGUAUACACCAAGGAUGGUUCAGUCAAGGAGGUUUCAAAAGCUAUGCAGCUUAAAGGGCAUAAGAGUGCAGUAACUUGGUUAUGCUUUGCUCCUAACUCGGAGCAAAUCAUCACAGCAUCCAAAGAUGGUUCAAUAAGAAUUUGGAAUAUCAACGUUCGGUAUCAUCUUGAUGAGGAUCCAAAAACUCUGAAGGUGUUUCCAAUACCACUUCAUGUUUCAAGUGGUGCUACUUUGCACUAUGAUCGUCUCAGUAUAUCUCCUGAUGGAAGGAUAUUAGCAGCAACCCAUGGUUCAACAUUGCAGUGGUUAUGUAUAGAAACUGGGAAGGUUUUGGACACGGCUGACAAAGCACACGAGGGUGACAUCACAUGCAUUUCAUGGGCGCCUAAGGCCAUUCAUAUGGGAGAUGGAGAAGUUUUGGUUUUAGCCACAGGCAGUGUUGACAAGAAAGUGAAGUUGUGGGCAGCUCCAGCAGUUCAUUGAUCCUAAAGGAAUCUCUUAGUGGACUUACGUGAAGCAAUGCAUGAAGAAGCCCUACCUCUUACAUAUUCGAUUGCAUUAGAUUUGCUUCUCCUAGUUGCCAGCCUUAGUUCCUCCAAGGGUUAAUAGUUCCAACAACUUCCUCGAUGAAAGCUACCUACACUUUAGCUGAAAGGUCAAAUGCAGGGUCUUCAGGGGUAUCGAAAUUGAGAAAUCAAAAACUUACUUUUCACUUGCAUUGCAUAGCUUGAUCUCACUGAAAUUUUGGUAACAAAAAGUUUAAUACAGAAAUAGACGAUGUGGUUGGCUGCCUCUUCCCCAAACUGGUCGCUUGAAAGACUUGGGAGUUGCUUUCUGAGUUAUCAGUAUUUACUAAAACUUUCCUUUUCUAUGACAUUCUGCCAAUGCUUUUUGGGAAAUGCUAUACAUCCCAAAUUUGUUUUCCAAAAUUUGGUUCUCAAAUGAUGUGUUACAAUCUCAUGUGAUCUAUUAUUUUGAAAAAUGUGUCACAAUCUCAUGGCCAUGGGAUUGUAACAUAUCAUUUGGAAACAGAAUUUUGGAAUAAAAUUUUGAGGAGUCUAGCAUUUCUCAUGCCUUUUAUGGUAUUAUUGAGUAGCGAAGCAGUGAGCAUUCCUAAAUAACAGAUUUAUAUGUCUUUACAGAGAUUAUCGCUCUGCAAAUUCUAUAAAUCUUAAAUGUACUCAUGAAGAAACAACAUUGAAGUGAUGGUCAUUUGGAAUUUCUAACGGAAAAGAUAAUUGUUACUUACAUUAUGUACUGUUAUACCUUGAAGUACUUGCUACCUUCAUCUCAAAUUGUUUGUGAAAAAAGGGGAGAUUUAAAAGAA